AUGAAAGUCACACAGCUCUGGGUUUAUCCCAUCAAGGGAGUCCGGGGUAUUCGGGUCCAAUCUGCCAGACUUGGGCCACAAGGACUUCGACAUGAUCGUCGCUUCAUGCUAUGCAAGGUUGGGGAAUCAGGUGAACUCAAGAAAAUCCAGCUGUCCGAGUUUCCUCAGUGUGGCCUUUUUGCAACAGAAAUCGUCGGCGACAAGAUACAGGUUAAAUAUCUGACACCAGAAGAGCCUCUAGUGCCAUGGCAACCAGCGCAAGACAAUAUUCUUCAUGUUCCCAUUGAGCCAGAUCAUAAAGAACUGAAAAAGGCCGACAUCAAUCUCCAUCAGAGUCUUGUUACCGCAUACCGCAUGGGUUCUGCAUAUGAUGCAUGGUUCACAGCAUGCUUUGGUUUCGACACCGCUCUUAUCUUCAUUGGUGAUGGUCGACGCCCUGUGCUAGGAACGUUUUCACCAAAGGCCCAGGAUCCUCAUCCGUCGUGGCUCACACAGCUUCUAAGCUACAUUUCUGGCUCUUCAACUGAAGAUGACUGGCUUGCCUUUUCUGAUUGUGCUCCUUAUCUAUUUGCCACAGAGGAGUCCCUCAACAAUGUCAGAGCCCGGCUGCCAACAUCCGGCGUUGACAUGCAGGCUAUGCGACCCAACAUUGUCCUGGAUGGCGAGGAUGCAUGGGAUGAGGACUUUUGGGCACAGCUGUCCAUCAACGGAGUCCAUAAGGUAGCUCUCACUAAGAACUGCAACCGGUGCACUUCGCUCAACGUUGACUACACCACUGGCCGUACAGCCCAAGGAGAGCGUGGCACGGUGCUCAAGAAGCUCAUGUCUGACCGAAGAGUUGAUGCCGGUCUCAAAUAUUCGCCAGUUUUCGGCAGAUACGGGUUUCUCACCAGCGGUCCUGAUGACAAUGCUAUUGUAUCUAUCGGCGAUAAUGUAGAGGUGACGGAGCGAAAGACUGAACGCGCCGUCUGGGACUGGCCGUUGAAAGACUCAAACGUUUCCCGAUACUAUCGGUCUUCCUCUGGCGCCAAAGCAAACCUGCCUAUUGUCCUUUCGGUUUGGUUGACAGUUGCGGCUCUGCUGGGUCUACUACCGUGCUGGUUUUUGCUCGCUUGA